ACGUCUAUAUAAGCGCUGACACUUGUCCCGCAAGGGUAUCAGAAACUGGCUGUUUGCAUCCAGAUCUGACCCACUCGAAGGAAUUACAGGUUGUAGAUACCUCGGUACUCGCAAUUUUUCCACCAUGUCUCAUGCCUGGGGAUAUGCGCCAUGCAACGGGCCUGACAAAUGGGUUCAAGACUUUCCUGUUGCCGAUGGACCCAGGCAGUCACCCAUUGAUAUUGUCCCGAGCCAAGCCAAGUACGACGCUUCCCUGAAACCGCUCCAACUUAAGUACGACCCGGCCACUUCCAAAGGCAUUCUUAACAACGGACAUUCCUUCCAAGUGGACUUCGCUGACGACGAUGACCGCUCAACUUUGACAGGAGGCCCGAUCUCGGGCACAUACAGGCUGAGGCAGUUCCACUUUCACUGGGGCGGAGGCGAUGACAGAGGCUCAGAGCACACCGUGGGAGGCACCAAGUUUGCCUGCGAGCUUCACUUGGUUCACUGGAACACCAAAUACCCCAGCUUUGGGGAUGCUGCCAGCAAGCCUGACGGCCUGGCUGUGGUCGGAGUCUUCCUCAAGAUUGGUGCUGACAACCCCCAGCUACAGACAGUUCUAGAUGCUCUGGGCAGCAUCAAGUCCAAGGGCUCGCAGACAACCUUCUCGAAGUUUGACCCGGCGAUCCUGCUCCCUCCCUCUCUGGACUACUGGACAUACGAUGGGUCCCUGACCACACCCCCCCUGCUGGAGAGUGUCACCUGGAUUGUCCUGAAGGAGCCAAUCAGUGUCAGCUCCAGCCAGAUGUAUAAAUUCCGCAGUCUCCUGUUUACUGCUGAAGGGGAGACCCCGUGCUGCAUGGUGGAUAACUAUCGUCCUCCUCAGCCUCUGAAAGGGCGUAAGGUCCGCGCCUCCUUCCAGUGAAGACCCACCUCCCAAAAUCACUCCCUCUACCCCAGACGUGUGGGGUUCAGAUCUGCAGGGAACAGCGGUGUAUUGAAGUCACUUGUGCUAACUGUCACAUUAUGUGCAGGGCUGGUUUUAAAUUAUUUAAAUUAUUUGUUUGAAAAUCAUUUAUCAGAUUUCCCAUAUUGUGUUUGUAUAUAGAUUAAUGUUCAGCUCUGUAGAUCUCAUUCAAGAUGCCCCCAUAGACAACCUAGGCAAGAAAAGUCCCACAAAUCCCAAUUGACACACACAUACACAUGCACACACACACACACACACUUGCAGAGCUUAAACAUUUCAAUCCCAUAUCUGCCCAACAUCAGAUUGCAUCAGAUUAAUGACGUUUGCUGGCCACUGAUGCCACGCCCCUCCCAAUCUCCGUCCAGUCACUGCCAAGCUCUUUAAACAGAUUUUAAUUCUUUCCUUCUUUCUGUUCUUCAAUGCGAUACAGUAGAGCCAGGUCAUUUUAGCAGCAGCAGCUUAGUGCCAGUGCAGUGUUUGUCCUAUCAGCAUCCGUUUAUUGUGCCAUUUCUGCUUUGGUCUGGCACUUUUAUUUUUAAUAAUUGAUUUAACAAUCAAACUGUGACGAUUUGAUUUCAGUCUCAGUUUGUUUGUAUUCUUGCCGCCUCUUAAAAAUAGAUUUUGUAGAUUUUUAUUACCUAUCAGCCGCUCAAAACCGGCAUGAUUGCUGCCAGCAACUGAGAAUCACAUACAGAUCACGUAAACCUCAGAUUACACCGGCCCUCAGGUCCUCAGGUCCUCCAAGUCGACCCACGGGUGACCAAAGUGUAUUGAGCCAUGAAGUGAUAUGUACCAUCAGGUGGUUUUUAAAACUAGCAAAUGUAUUUCUAAGCAUUAUCAAGCAAUAUUAUGUCUAGGCUACACUGGGAGUGAUGGCGUCUUGAUUGUUUUUUUGGGGGGUUUUUUUGGUCAUCCCUGUCAUGAUGAGAGGUUUUAUUGCCAAAAUAAAUAUAUUAGUCUAUAUAAUAAA